UGUAACUGCAAUCACUAUCAAUCACCGGGGGGAGAUAUACGGACUGAUGUGGGUCUCGAUAAGUGAUGAGAUUUGUUAGAUUUGACCUGAGAGCAAUGGAGAGACUUCAGUCUGACUUGGACUGCUGAGGUUUUCCACUCCUUUAUUGCACGGACAGAAUGGGAAGUCUAAAAGACGAGAUGAGAGGACUGACAGAGGACCACAAGCUGUGUGAGAAGGCAGAUGAUGGAGAGCGUCCAGGCAGCUCAGAUGGCAGCGUGGAGCCUGGGGGACCUCAGAUAAACAUGAGUCAAAAGUCAUCAACACAACAGAGCUUUCAGCCAGAGCUCCACACAAAUACAGGCUACGAUGAAGAGACACACAAGAGUCCAGGAUCUAAAGAUGAAGAGGAUUCAGGUGACCGAUCAGACUCUGCAGACUUUAUUCAGACUGGUACAAUCAGUGUGACACAGCAGCCUGAAACAACAAAAGAUACACAAAACAGCCAGAUCGAUGGAGAUGGAGAGGAUAACACUCAGGAGGAAGAGGCAGGUAUUGAGAACAUCACAAUACCUGUACCACCCACUCCAGGUCCCUGUGAGCCGUGCACCCCAGCACCCUUCGGCCAGCACCACAUGCGCACGCAAGUGAGCCUGGAAGUGGUCCAGUGUCAAUCUAUAGCCACCAGCCCCAUGACGCCUCCAGAGGGAGGCAAUUCCUUCUUCUUUCCGAGUUCCUUUGUGAAAUCAGGAGGCGUGGGCACCGACACUAAAGACGCAGAGCUUCAGGUGGGUCAGCAGGUCGAGUUCUGCUCAGUCGCCACUUCUCCCAUGACUCCAAAGACGCCUUUCACAACAGCUUUUCCGGAACUGAUCGGGAGGGAGACGGCGAAGAGGGAGGAGAGGGCGAAAGAGAAUCAGGGGCAGCAAGUGGAAAAGAGUUUGACAGAAAGUCAAAAAGAGGCUGCGGAAACAGAAUUAGGCGCAUCAAACUCUGAUGCAUCUCCAGAGAGCUCCACCUGCUGCCCUGCUGUGGGGUCAGCAGAUUCACAAACAGCUGGGGAGGGCAGUAAGCAGCAGAGGAUGGGAAGUAUGGAUCAAGACAUCACAAUCCUGGUGACCCACCAUGACAACAUGGAGGAAGAGGAGGAGCCUGAGUCGCCUGUUUCCCCUGUAGAAGAAGAGAUGAUACCUGAAUGUGAGGAAAUUAAAGCAAAUAAUGAUGUAAAUAAAGAAGAGGAAAAGGAGAAUAUUCCCACGGAUGCUCCUGAGGAUGCGGCGGAUGACUCAAAGUCACCAAACAAAACUGAAGAAUCCUCAGUUUCUACCUGUGAUGAAGCCAAAUGUGAAAAUUCAGGAGUCAAAGACGUCAAAGUCUUAUGUGAAGAUGUGAAUGAGGUAUCUGCAAUAAAAUCUCCCAUCCCUGAAUCUCCUGCUCCCUUUGGAUGCCACAACAUCCGCACACAGGUGAGCCUGGAAGUGGUGCAGUGCCAGUCUGCAGCAACAAGCCCCAUGACUCCACCUGAGGGGGACCAGGCCUUCUGUUUCCCCAGCUCCCACAUGAAAUGUGGAUCUUCAAGUGCAGAGACCAAAGACGCUGAGCUGCAGGUGGGCCAGCAGGUUGAGUAUCGCUCUGUUGCCACAGCACCCAUGACCCCGAGAACGCCAAUCACCACAACUUUCCCUGAGGUCAAAAAGGAAACCAGCCUAGAGGAGAAGAUCAUAGAGGAGGAAGAGGAGAAAAAGGAAGAGACGGAGGAGGAGGAGAAGAAAGUGAAAGAAGAGGACACAAAGGAGGAAAGAAACUGUAAGGAGAAGUGUGAGGAGCCGGUGCAGGAGGUGAGCUGGGAUGAGAAAGGCAUGACGUGGGAGGUGUACGGGGCAGUGGUGGAGGUGACUGUGCUCGGCUCAGCCAUUCAGAAACAUCUGGAGAAGCAGGUGAAGAAGCAGAGGCGUCAACCCUCCAUGCCUCCGCCUCCCCCGCUCAACCCGUCAGCCAUGCCGCUGAACUCGGGGCGCCCGGGUAAAGGGAAGAGGGGAGAGCAGGAUGGGGAGGCGGGUCGACGCAGGAGAAACCCCUUCCGUCAGCUGAUGGAGAACAUGCAGCAGCCACACUGCUGCUCCAGAGCUCACAGCGCUGAGUGAAGUGAGAAGAAACAACAGCUGGUUAGAAAGGGAGAAUCUGUGCUGCAGAAUCACAUGACAUCUGAUUAAUACGGCUGUGAUACAGUGCAAUGACUCACUUCACAGAGGUUGCCAUGAAAGCGUGAGAGGCAAACCACCUUCACACGAGACAAAAAAUAAAGCACAAUCAAACCUUGGAGGGAUAAGAACUGAAAUCAGCCAUACAAGAUGUUUCUGUCAUUUUAUUCUUUGUGCUCUAUGUUUUUUAUGUUUGGAAUCAGUGGGUGAAAUAUCAAUGUUUGCUCUUUUUUUUUCACCCAGACUAUCAAUGAGUCAUUUUAGCUUUGAUGCUUUUUGAAGGCACUUAACACAAAAUAAAGCCAUGGUAACCUACUUCAGGUCUCAGCCAGCUGAACACAGCUUCAAACAGGAGUGAUGAUUGUUGAGUAACUCUUUUUGAUUGUGAUUCAUGACCAUGUGGUCAGAAGCUAUAAACUGUAGGUGUAUUGAAUGUAUACAAGAUAAAAGCCGCCCUAAAUGAUGCCUUGAUCUCAGCGAGGGGAGCCACUUUUAGCAUCAGUAACGCAGGCUUGUGUACGUCUUCUGUUCUGCUUUUGAAUUUUUGCACAAUGUUAUGACUUGUUUGUUUAGUGAAAAUUAAAACAACGUAGUAAUAAUGAUUAUUUGAGAAAGUAAUAACUCCUGAUUUUAGGGUAUUUUUAUUCCUUAAUCUUUUAUGUCUUUUAGUGCCAUGAUGAGUGCUUAAUUUGUGUGAUAAAUUUAUUUCAAAUGUGCUUUCAGUCAGAGGUUAUUAUUGUGUUGGUGAUUGUUGGUGGUCUUACAUUCAUUCACAAAAACAUUUAGAAAAAUGUUACUCACAGACUUCCCGUGUUAUACACUCAUUUAGAUGCCAGCAAACAUUUACAGAAGCAGCUGCUUAACAGGAAGUCACACUGCAUGAGAUUUUAUCGUGAAUCCAAAAACCAAAAGCAACAAAAUGCAAACAUGCAAAAGUCUGUGCUCUUUGGCUGACAUGCAGUCAUAUUCAAGGUUUUCAUUCACACGGUCUACAGAGUUUUUACCGCCUCUUUUUGGAUUUUAUUCUUUAUAGCGUCAGCUGCAGCAGAAUUAACAUUGUGUGUUGAUGUAACUUUUAAUAAAGUCUAUUUAAAAGCAAAACAAAAUGUUUUUAAACCUUCACUUCGUAUAUUUACAAAAAUAAAUGAU